UCCAUGGUGAAAGCAACUUUAAAUAUAAAAAAUGGCAUAGAAAUCGGAAAGUAUUCAAAAUUAAAAGCGUUUAUAAAGAAACAAGGAGAAGGAUACGUUCCAAAGAAAUCAAGGGUUUUAACUAAUGAACAAAUAGAAGUUUUCUUAGACACGGCUCCGGAUUUCAAAUUCCUGAUGAUGAAAAUUGUUGUAAUCUUUGGCGUUAGCGGAGCUUGUCGGUGUCACGAACUAUUACAAAUAAAAACUGAAGAUAUUGAAAAUAUUAAAGCAGGUUUAUUGGUAAAAAUUCCUGAUACCAAAACGAAAAAACCCAGAUCAUUUACGGUUAUGGGGGAAAAGUAUUUGAAAUUUUACGAAAAGUAUGUUGCGCUUCGUCCAAAAAUGUUUAAUGAAGGUCGGUUUUUUAUUAAAUAUGUCGACGGAAUGUGCCAUCGACAAGUAGUUGGCAUUCAUAAAAUUAGUGGUGUACCCCAAGAAGUAGCCAAAUAUUUAAAGCUAGAAAACUUUAAAGAAUACAGCGGACAUUGCCUACGUCGGACUUCUGCCACGCUUUUUGUGGAUUCUGGCGGUGAUAUUACGUCCCUCAAGAGGCACGGUGGGUGGAAAUCUGACAGUGUAGCCGAAGGUUACAUAGAAGAGUCUCUUAAACACAAAAAAGAUGUAGCAAAAAAAAUUUUUCGUUUGGAAGAACCAGGUACAAGUAGUGAAACCACAAGUAAAAUACAUGAAGACGCAACGAAUAGGAAUGUGAGCGAAGUAAACCUAGAAGAAUCAGAUACAAGUAGUGGAACUACGAAUAGAAUGAUCACACGUGAAGACGGAAUAAGUAGGAAUGUGGGAGCAGUAAACCUGAAUUUUGACACUGUGACCAACCAGACAGCAGGAGCGGUAGAAGUGUUAGCGCAAAAUAUUAUUACUGACCGCAUGAAAAAUGAUAAUAGUGACGGAAAAUCUUUAAUCCAAAUCAAUCGCAGUUGUUCUUAUUGUACAUUCAAUAUUAAUUUUAAAAUUUAAAUAAUUAAUAACAAUGUAAGUUAAUAAUAAAAUUGGAAAAUAUUAAUAGCAUUUCAUUCUCAAAAUAAAACAAUUGAAAACUUUUUAAGGCUAGGAUUAAAAAAAAAAAUUAAUGCUAGGAUUAAAAAGGCAAAAAUGACGUUGUUACUUUAGUAACGCAACUUUUUUUUACUCUCACAAAAACGUCAAGUUUUCCGUCCAAAAUUGACGUUAAAAGUGACAUCUUUUAAGACGG